AUGAAGCAUCUAAAUGAGGAGCUUAAAGCCAACGACUAUAACACAGACCCCAUGCUGCGCGCUUGUGAAAUCUCAAUUAAUAAAUCUUAUACUGAAGUAGAGGGAAGAGUUAUAUCUCCUCCACAGUUGAGAGUGGGAAACAAGGAAAAUCUUGCUUCAAAAUUUUCGCGCUGGAGCUUUAACGGCAAGAAGUUUGCAGAUCCAAAAAGCAUUGAAUUUUGGGCUGUGGUGAACUUCUCUUCUGGUCAUGACAUACGUGCUUUCUGCAUUGAAAUGGCGAAAUUGGGUGCAAUGAGGGGAAUGCACAUUCAUCCACCAUCAUUUGUUUUCGAAGAGAAUGCUAAGCAUAAAAAGAAACCGGGAUCUGUUCGAGUGGACAAGAUGUUUGAACAAAUAAUUCCAAAAUUUCGCAAGGAUCCUCCUCGAUUCCUUCUUUGCUUUCUUCCUGCAAAGUAUGACUCAAAUAUGGUUUUGACUGUCUUAGGUCCAUGGAAGAAAAAGUGUCUUAUGACCUUCGGAAUUCGUAACCAGUGCAUUGCAAAGAACAAAGUUGAUGAAACUUAUCUUGCUAAUGUUAUGUUAAAAAUUAAUGCAAAACUUGGUGGUCUGAAUUCUAUGUUAUCAGCUGAAGUUUCACAGACUAUCCCCUUAGUUUCUAAAGUUCCCACAAUGAUCUUAGCAAUGGGCGUUACACAUGCCCCUUCUUCACGGUCAGAUUUACCCUCCGUUGCUGCAGUGGUCGGUUCUAGACAGUGGCCAAUGAUUUCUUACUAUAGAGCUUCUACCUGUAUCCAACCACCAAAGACCGAAACUAUACAUUCUCUCUUUAGACCAGUUUCAGAUAGGGAGGACUCAGGCAUGAUCAGGGAGCUCCUAAUGGAUUUUCAUGCAAGUUCGGGGAAGAGGAAGCCUGAACAGAUUAUUAUAUUCAGACAAGGUUUAAGUGAAUCUCAAUUCAAGCAUGUUAUUAGCGAAAUGGAGGAAAUUAUUAAGGCCUGUAAAUUCCUGGAUGAGAUUUGGUCUCCAAAGUUCACUCUUAUUGUUGCACAAAGAAGACAUCACACAAAGUUGUUCCAAGCUAAUUCCAGUGACAAUAUUCCUCCUGGCACAGUUGUUGAUACUAAAAUUUGCCAUCCGCUGUAUAAUAACAACUUCUACAUAUGUGCACAUGCGGCAAGAGUUGGGACUAGCAGGCCAAUUCACUACUUUGUUUUGUUGGAUGAAAUCGGCUUCUCAUCUGAUAGUGUGCAGGAACUAGUCCAUUGUUUAUGUUACGUGUCUCAGAGAUGCACCAGUGCUAUAUAUGAAGUGGCUCCGAUUCGUUAUGCUCGUUUGGUUUCAGCUCAGAUGUUAGAAAUUAUGAAGACUGAGGGGCCUGAACUGCCAAUGUUGCACAAAAAUGUGCGCGAUACAAUGUUUUUCUGCUGAAAUUCUGUACCAUCAUCUGCUAAAAAGUGCAGUUUUCUUUGUGUUCAAAAUGUACUGUUAACAAUUAGGCAAGUCUAAAAGGCAUUGGUUACAUACAAGAUUUUCAGAUUUUGUGAACAAAUUAAACCUCAGGAUGCUACAUCAGUAUACAAGGAGGAUCAC